AUGAAUUGUUUUGGAAGAGAAAAUAGACUUAAACAACAUGAGUUUGGAGAAAGUUUUAGGAGCCGUGGAAGGCGACGAAAGCGUAGCUUCCAGACGGCGGAGAGCAGAGCAACUUGGUCCGGAUUCAGAUGGAACGGUGAAGAUGCGUCAACCUCCGAUCAACAUGAUGAGUUUAAAGUCAUUUGUUCUACAUUCGCACUCACCGGGGAUUCAGCUCAUAACCAAGCCAUGGUGCAUUGGUCCGGCCAAAAUAGCAGUGUGAUUCUAAUGCUGACUAAGUACUUUGACUUCAGCCUUGGCAGUGUCACAGAGAGCUCUCUAUGGAGGUCAACAGACUAUGGAACCUCAUAUGAGAAACUUAAUGAAAAGGUUGGACCAAAAACCAUACUAAGCUACUUGUACGUGAGUCCGAAUAACAAACGGAAGAUCAUGUUACUGACUGACCUGGAGGUGGAGAGCAGCCUGCUCAUUAGCCUUGAUGAGGGUGCAUCCUAUCAGAGGUACCACUUAGCCUUCGACAUCAUCAGCCUCCUCUUCCACCCCGAGCAGGAGGACUGGAUCCUGGCUUACAGCCACGACCAAAAGCUCUAUGUCUCUGUUGAAUUUGGAAGAAGAUGGCAGCUCGUGCAUGAGAGUGUAGUCCCCAACAGAUUUUACUGGUCAAAAUUGGGUUUGGACAAAGAGCCAGGAAUGAUUCACUUGGAGACCAGUGUUUCUGACAGACGGUCCCAGUAUAUAACGUGUAAGCUGCAGAACUGCUCAGAGGCCAACAAAGGCAGGCCUUUCCCUGGAUUUAUCAGCCCUGAUUCCCUGGUGGUUCAGGACCAGUAUGUUUUCAUUCAGGUACCAAUGGGUGGACGGCCUGUCCAUUAUGUGUCUUACAAAAGAAAUACCUUCUUCCCCAUGAAGCUACCUAAGUACAUAUUGCCAAAGGACUUGCAGAUAAUCAGCAUUGAUGAUAACCAGGUGGUAGCAGCAGUGCAGGACUGGCACCAGAAUGACUCCUACAACCUGUACAUGUCAGAGGCCCGUGGACUCUUCUUCACUCUGGCCCUGGAGAACAUAGUGAGCAGUGUGGGACCAGAGGGCAACGUCAUGAUAGACCUCUAUGAGGUAGCAGGGAUAAAAGGGCUGUUCUUGUCAAAUAAAGUUGUUGAGGACCAAGUGAAAACGUUUAUCACUUACAAUAAGGGGCGAGACUGGAAUCUUCUACAGGCUCCUACCACUGAUCUGAAGGGAACCAGACUCUACUGUGUACAGCCCUACUGUUCAUUACACCUGCAUCUUCAUGUGUCUGACAACCCGUACACAUCUGGAAACAUAGUCAGCAAAGAAUCAGCUCCAGGAAUUAUAGUAGCAUCAGGUACCAUUGGGCCUGAGCUUACCACCUAUAAUGUCAGCAUUUUCAUCACCUCAGAUGCUGGCAACACUUGGAGAGAGGUAUUUGAGGAGGAGUAUAGUAUCCUCUUUCUUAACCAGGGUGGUGCCCUAGUGGCCAUUCGACACACACCUCUCCCCAUCAGACAUAUCUGGCUCAGUUUUGAUGAGGGAAAACGCUGGAACAAAUACAGCUUCACCCCCUCUCCUCUCUAUGUAGACGGAGUCUUAGGAGAGCCAGGGGAAGACACCCUCAUCAUGACAAUAUUUGGCCAUUUCAGCCAUCGUUCUGAGUGGCAGCUUGUCAAAAUUGACUUCAGGUCCAUCUUUAACAGAAGGUGCAACACAGACGACUAUCAGACCUGGCAGUUACACAAUGACGGUAAAGUCUGCAUUAUGGGAGUGAAGAGAAUCUUCCAGAAUCUGAAGCCCGACACCAGAUGUGUCAAAACCAGAGAUCAGUACAUCUCCCAGAUGUCAGACUCCUGUCCAUGCACUGAGGCUGACUUUGAGUGUGAUUAUGGCUUUGAGAGGCAGAGUGAUGGAGGAUGCACCCCUGUCUUCUGGUUUGUUCCAUCCUCUGUGUCCAGAGACUGCACCACCGGAGACAGUUUCCUCAACACUACUGGAUACCGUAAGGCUCUGUCCAAUAACUGCACUGCGGGAACCCUGGGGAAGUAUAGCCCUAGGAGCCAAAGGUGUCCCCGCCAGGCCCCCAGAGGUCUGCAGCUGGUCACCAGUGAGGGGACACUUACAGCCACCAUGGGGGACAACGUCACCUUCCUGGUGUUUCUGGAGGAGGGUGAUGGCUCCAUAACAAGUAUAACAGUGGACUUUGGAGAUGGGAUGGCCAUAUCCUACGCUAACAUCAGCUCCAUAGAGGAUGGAGUCAAACAUAUCUACAGUAAAGUGGGCAUUUACCAAGUGGCUGCCACAGCACUCAACAGCCUGGGCUCUGAGAGAGUCUUACUAUACCUACAUGUUACCUGUCUACUUGAGCAAGUGCAGCUUUCAGCUCCCUCAGUGGUUGUUAGGAAUGAAGCAGUGAAUCUAACAACAGUCCUAAAGCCAAGUUACGUUGGAACAGUCACCUACUACUGGUGGUUCAACAACCACACUGAGCCUGUCAUGACUUUAGUGGGAGGAAUGUCCUUCACCUUCUCCAAGGAGGGAACCCAUACUGUCACUGUGCAAGUGUCAGUUGGCAACACCUUCCUUCAAGACAAAAUAACUGUUGCAGUCUAUGAAUAUUUCCGGUCACACGUUUUAGCCUUCACCUCUAAUCUGGAGGCCUUCAAUCCUGGUGUGGCUGAAUGGAGGCAGGACAUCAGUAGAGUGGUCAAGGACUCCAUGGUCCAAGUCACAGGGAUCAGUGGAGAGCAGCUUCUAGUGUCAGUGCUCCCAGGGUUGCCAACGGCAGCAGAGUUUUGCAUCGUCCCUGAGAAAAGGUCAACAGAGGGGAGAAUGGAUGGAAAAGUGACACAUUUAGAGCAGCUCUUUUUAGUCCUGCUAAGUGCUCUGAACCAAGACCUCAUCCAGUUUACUCUGCGCCCUGGGGUUCAGAUUAACGUCUACGCCACACGACUGUCUCCAGCUCCUCUCGUGGACACUAGUGAGAGUGGUCACAAUGGUGCUACAGUCAUUAUGCUAGUGACAGUCGUAUUUGUGGGUUUGGCAGUUUUCGUUAUCUGCAAGUUCAAAAGGAAGAUCCCUGGCAUCAACAUCCACACAGAUGAGCGGUCAGAGAAACAACAGAAAGUGAUCCCUUCGGUGGCAUCUAUAGCUGUCCCAAACCCUGAGGGGGACAUGGUGAGCACUCUGGAGCACUUGGACACAGGGCCAGAUGCACGUGGCAUAGGAUACCUGCCAUCUCACACAGACAUCAAACUCUCAGAUGAAACUCCCCAUGUGUUUUAAUGCUGAGUCUACAGCCGACUUGUAAGCAAUAAGUCUUUUUGGCAGUUGCUUCUAGCGAACUCUGAAACCACGGAACAAAUGGAUGGUCUCGAGUGUUUUCUACCAAUGCAUGGACGGACCAGCUCUUACGCUGUGCUGCCUGGACUCUAGGAGGAGGAGACUACAGAUUUUACUUGCGUCUUGAAAAGGGUAAUUUUUUAUCAAAAUACUUGUAUUUUUGCAAGAACAUUGCACUAUUUUAUGAAAAUAGUGUAAAUACAGAAUUGCUGAACUAAAGAUAAUU